CCAGCUUUUACCUUGGGAUGUCUCUUGUUAAUUCCACAUAUUGAAAAAAAAGAGCAGCAAAUUCAGGCUUUUCUUAACGCUUGCAAUCCAGAAACUGUUUUGCUUCAAGUAGCAGACUGCAUGAACACUGGAGAAGUAGCAGGCAUUGCAUCACAGAUACAGGGUUUAAUUUUUGACAGUGUGAUUAAGAAGAAGCAGCUUGAAAAGUUUUUGAAAACAAAAUGCUACAAUAUGCUAAAAACUGAGGCAAUUAAUGCUAACCGAGUAAAAGACCUGGCAGAUUAUCUGCUGAACAGGAACUGUUUAGAAGAUGCUGCUGAACUUGUAAUAGAAUGUCUAAAUCGUUGUGGAAAACCUUAUCCAAGAGAUGCAACAUCCCUGGACAUUGUGAAGACCUUUCUAAGGGAUUAA